AUGGGCAACACCAAUUCAACCCCCGUUAAAGCGGAGGACACUUUCGAUGCAGGCUCUGCAGGUUCUACCAUUGAUCCCACCUUCAAGCGCUACCACAGCCAUCAAUCCGGGUAUGCGUCCCCCGCAAGUGGGGCUUCCGGCGCUCCUGCUUCAUCCAACCCAUCGCGGCACACUUCCGAUCGAGCAGCGUCCGGAUCAAGGCUGGGUAGAACCGCCUCCUUGUUUGGUCGUGCCAGCAGUCACGAUGGUGCCUCUACUCCUCAGCGCAAUCGUUCUCGCAGCGGAAGCCUCACCGGGUUUCUGGCCACACAGCGAAGAGACUCUGCAACUUCCGCCAUGAUCGGUGAUCCGUCCUCCACUGUCGAGGAAGGUCUCGAACCGAGCUCAGAUGCUGCACUUUCUGCAACUUCCAAGUCCCCUUUGGGCCAAGAUCCGUCUAAUGCCUUCGCCAGCUACGAGAUUACCAAUCCUGCCGGCACUUCAAGCAUUGAGACCUCCAUUCGAGCCAAUCCUCGCACGCGUCGACUCACCGAAGGUCUCACUAUCCCUACAUCUCCAGGCGGCUUCGAUCCCCGCCACUAUGUCUCGCCUCAUCCAAGUCCUUCCGUUGCAACGCAAGCACGCUAUGCUGCAGGCUUGCCCAGCCAUCACGCCGGCGUCGGUGUCUCGAGCGGUUUGCGUGUCUCUUCAACAGGAAUCGAGGUCACUACUGUGCCUACCGGUGCAUUCCGAGGCUCCGAACCUCAGCAGGUGCCUAGCGCCACAGCUCGAGCACCCACUCGUCAUCCCCUGUUUGGCGUUGGCGGAGCCAACAUGUUUCCCAACGUUGGCAACAGCCUUGGCACGAAUCCAGCCGCUUCCCCGCCCAUUGGCGGGUCAAGUCCCGUGCUCUCCUCACAACCCUUAAAUGUGGGUGAUGCCGGGGACGAGCCCGAAAAUUCGCAGCGCAUGCCUACUGCACUCCCAUCCUAUCUGAAGAUUCCAACGGCGAUUCCUAGCUCUCACGUCUCUCCCAGUUCCCCGCCAACCAGCGUCUACUCGCAGCAUUCGGAUCGUUUCCGUACUUCUUCUGAGCGCCAACGUUCCCCUUCACCGUCACUUGUGCUUCCUCUCGACGAUGCACGCCCAGGCCAUGUCGUCGCAGGCGCAGGCGCUGCUGUGGCAGUGCUCAACACCGAGGAUGUCGUGAUACCUCCCGGUGACGCAAGCAAAGCUAGCUCGCCGAUCGACGGUCGAGGAACCUUUUUCGCAAUGUCCAAGGAGGGCGCGAAGAACGAGAUCGGGCCUUCUGACACAAGUGUAUACGAGGCGCGAGCGGCUGGAACCGACGUGACCGAUCUGCCAUCGAAUCCGGCGCAAGGCAAACCUGAUUCUACCGCAGAUGCAGCCUCUACUGCUGCAAGUGCUCAGACAGACGACACUGAACGCGAAUCCAGGACUAUGGAACGCGCUCCUCAAGCUUCGACAGAAGACGCCGACGCCGCUGCUAUGCGGACCUCUCGCACGCCCACACCCACACCUUCGGGCUACGGGCCACGUGCUUUGACUCCCACCAGGCAGGGCGGGGCGAGCGGGCUCCGUUCGCUCUCGCCAGUUGCAGGACCUACCACUUCGAUAGGACCGCCCCUCCAACCCAUCUCCACCAAGCGCUCCCACGUCGACGUGCAAACAGGAGGCGAGAGUGGGUACAACACGCCUCUUCUACCGCCUGGUCUCACAUCCGCUCCACCGAGCGCAUCUGUGCCUGGCGUCACUCCGCUCUCUCAGGUCUCUUCCCCAGCAGCCAGCGACCGUACUCGCCCAUCAGCCGCACCACGCACGUCAUCUGCGGCGGGAAGUGCGUCAACUGCCAGCCAACCCACCACGCCCGUCAGCGCAAGAGCUAGUGCGAGUGCCGGUCAACAUCACGAUCACCAAACGCAUCGAACACAAACACAGGCAGGACACCAACAGUCUCCCUUGAUGCCGAUUGUGCUGACAUGGCGUGCGGGUGGACGCGAAGUGUUUGUCACCGGUACGUUUGCCAACGAGUGGAGAUCCAAAAUCUUGCUGCACAAGUCCAAGCGUGACCACACCUGCGUGCUCCACCUGCCGCCUGGCACGCAUCGGCUCAAGUUCAUCGUGGAUGACCGAUGGCGUGUUUCGCGCGACUUGCCCACCGCGACCGAUGGUGACGGAAACCUGGUCAACUAUGUCGAGAUCCCCAAUGUCGGACCGGCGCAUCCAGGACCGCUGAGUGCGCCCGGCGAGGAUUUGCCUGGCGCAGAUGCUGACAAUGGACGAAGCGAGCGCAACUCCAAGAUUGAAUCGAAAAAGACGACGAUGAAUCUGAUCGAGGAGGCGAGAAAGGCAGAAGCUAUGCGUUUUGGCUUGGAUGAUUUGUUUGACGACGACGGAAAGGAUCAGGAAGAGACGUGGACCUCGGAGAUCCCUACGGCGCUUAUCGAGGCGCAAGAGGCGGAAGAGGCUCAGCGCGAGGCGGAAGAGAGUGGUGAGGCCCCUGCUCAUGGAAAGCAUGGGAGCGAUGGACAAGGCGCUCCGCUUCCGAACCCACCUGCGUUGCCACGACAGCUGGAGAAGGUGAUUCUCAACUCUUCGCCGGCCAAUCCGAGCAACGGCACGACUACGGGCAGUACCGUCGACGAUAACAGCAUCUUGCCCGCUCCCAACCACGUGGUGCUCAACCACCUCACGGCGAGCAGCAUCAAGGGCGGAGUGUUGGCGGUCGGCACCACGACCAGGUAUAAGAGGAAGUACGUGACGACGGUUUACUAUCGUCCGGUGCAGGUGUGA